UUCCGGAUUCAAAGCAGAGAGAGCUGAAGAGAAAAUCAGAGCGAGCGAACAACGGGACGGGAGGACGGAUAACGGUACCAAGGACCACAGGGAUGUACAGCAAACAUAGACAAAAAAAUGCCCAAAUAUCACCGGCUCAGUGUGGACGUUCGCUUAUUAUGCUUUCUUUGCUACUACUGAAUGGCAUACUUGAAAGGGCAAGCGGAGAUACCCGGGAACAAGGGGAGCCGAGGGGCCUGACGGUGACAGCCCGGUGGAUCUCCCGUCACCGCGACAGCCGGGUGGACGCUGGGACUGCUGCAGCACAGGACCAGUAUCCAGACAGAGGGGAUAUAGUGCUGUCCUCCAAAAUCCUUCAACUGGUGCUACAAGUGGAACGAAAUCAUGAGCUCCUGUGUCCAGACUUCACAGAAACAUACUACACUGAUGAGGGACACCCUGUAACUGAGGCCACCAACUACACUGAUCACUGCUUUUACCAUGGGCGCGUAAGAGGACAUACGGACUCGUGGGUGGCAAUUAGCACAUGCUCAGGUGUAAGAGGCUUGAUUGGCUUGAACUCUAACAACACCUACUACCUUGAGCCAAUCGGAGGGCUGGACUCCCUCCAUCACUCAUUGGUCAGCGCAGAGGAUGUGCCAAUCAGAGGAGGUGCCUGCGGCCAUGGGCAUCAGACUGGACACCCCAACCUUCUCUCCGAUCUUCUUAAACCUUUGCAUCAAAGGGUCAAACGAAACGCCUGGGGCACCACCAAGUACAUGGAGCUUUACAUCGUGGCCGACAGCACGCUGUAUAAACGACAAAAUAAGGACUACCAGAGAACCAAGCUGAGGAUAAUGGAGAUUGCCAAUUAUGUUGAUAAGUUUUACAGGCCUCUGAAUAUCCGGGUCCCUCUAAUUGGCCUGGAAGUGUGGAAGGAGAGAGACGAGUGCAUCAUCACAGAAGAGCCCAACACCACCCUCUGGUCCUUCCUGCAGUGGAGACAGAAGCUCAAGUCCCGCAAGAAGCACGACAACGCACAGCUAUUGACGGGGGUGAUAUUUAAGGGGACAACCAUCGGAAUGGCGCCCCUGGAGGGGAUGUGUAGCCUGGAGAACUCCGGAGGCAUCAAUGUGGACCACUCGGAUCUAGCCAUCGGGGCGGCGGCCACCAUGGCCCACGAGAUCGGACACAACUUCGGCAUGAGCCAUGACCACGAGGGCUGCUGUGUGGAAGCGUCUGCCGAGCAGGGUGGCUGUGUGAUGGCUGCCGCCACCGGGCACCCAUUUCCCCGGGUGUUUAGCCGUUGCAGCAAGCGGGACCUGGACAACUACUUCCAAAAGGGGGGAGGGAUGUGCCUCUUCAACAUGCCUGACAUGAAGGACCUGGUUGGGGGCAAAAGGUGUGGCAACGGUUUCGUGGAGGACGGAGAAGAGUGUGACUGCGGAGAAACUGAGGAGUGCUCUAAUGACUGCUGCAACGCCAACAACUGCACGUUGAAGGAGGAGGCUCAGUGCGCCCACGGGGUCUGCUGUGAGGGGUGUAAGCUGAAGCAGGCCGGUACUAUGUGUCGCGGGCCUGCGGGGGCGUGCGACCUGCCUGAGUACUGCACUGGAGGCUCCCCCUACUGCCCUUCCAAUGUCUACCUGCUAGACGGCUCCUCCUGCCAGUUUGGCCACGCCUACUGCUACAAUGGGAUGUGUCUCACCCACGAACAGCAGUGUUUACAACUGUGGGGCUAUGGUGCCCGGCCAGCGCACGACGCCUGCUUUCAAGAUGUCAACGCAGCGGGGAACGCGUUUGGGAACUGUGGGAAGGACGGACAGGGAAACUACAUGAAGUGUGAGAAAAGCGACGCCAAGUGCGGGAAGAUCCAGUGCCACAGCGCCGCCAAAAAACCCAAGGGCACCAACGCCGUGUCCAUUGACACCACCAUCCGUACGGACGGCAUGGAGGUGAAGUGCCGUGGGACCUAUGUCUACAGCACCCAGGAUGGACAGGGCGACCUCCCUGACCCGGGCCUCGUCAUGACCGGAACCAAGUGUGGCGAGGGCAAGGUGUGCCGAGAUCGCCGGUGCCAGAAUGCCUCUUUCAGUGAGCUGGAGAGCUGCAUCGCUCGCUGCCACAAUCAUGGUGUAUGUAACAGCAAUGGUAACUGUCACUGUGACCGAGGGUGGGCACCUCCCUUCUGUGAGAAGCCUGGACUGGGGGGGAGUGUGGACAGCGGACCUGUCCAGUACCACAGUCAGCUGGGACUGGUGGUGGGUCUUCUCCUGGUUUUCCUCGUGCUCCUUCCUGGCGUCCUCAUUGCCCUCUACUGCUACAAGAUCAAGAACUCCUACUACCACAGGUGGCUUUCCCAGAGAGAGAAGAACACCAAGGCCGAUAGGCUCGAAGGCUCUGUGGAGAAGGGCAAGAACGGACAUCUCAACCCGGCCUUUCAUCUGAAGGUGGUGGGGCCGGCCAUCAAAGGGAACAGCCACAAGGGGCUUCCUCACACCAGUAAAGAGGUGCUUCCCCUGCGGCCGUGCCCCACUGCCAACGGAACCCAGCCCGUCAACAUUGUGCGGCCCCUGAGGCCCUCACCGCACAACACGCCGCCGAGCUUCAAGGUGCCCCGCCCGCCUUUACCCGUCGGCAAGCCGCGUGGAACGCCGUCGAAAUCCCCCUCGCCCGUGCAAAAACUCACCCCGCCCAAGAAACCACUGCCCCUAAGCCCGACGCGAUCACCGCUGGCGUCCAACCCGACGCGAUCACCGCUGUUGGUGUCUGAGCUGCAGCCCAAACACUCCCCCUCUCCUCCCCAGCGGCCACUCCCUCUCAGCCCCGCCCGGGGUGGGGUGUUCCCCAUGAGCCCGGCGAGGUCGGCUCCACCCAAACCGUCCAGCGGCCUGCUGGUGAUGAUGCCCCCCGUGGUAGGCCCCAAGCCGGUGGGCAAGGUGACCGCCGUCCCCCCCCUCAAAGCACUCAGACCAGUCCCAGGAGUGAAACCAAACACAGCCUCGUCGCCUUUCCGAAAAUGACCCCUGGUGCACAGCGGAGCCUGGCCCGUCAGGAACCAAGCGGUCAGCGGCAGACUAUUUGCACUAAAAAGACCUCGUCCGAGGGCUGAGUACAAGGCAGCCCAUGUCCCACUGUCACAGGCUGGGAGACAGAGGCUGAGGGGGGAGUGGUGGGGUCGGGGGGCGGGGAGGUGUUUUGGAGGUCGAUCUUACCUCCGCCAGGGUCCAGUUGCCUCAACGUUUCGGACUUUUGUGACCUCCGCCUCGUUGGCAGCGCGAUGUGGAGGACGACGACGACGACGACGUUCUGCGCGGUUGGAGAACCGUGGAGACUCUGAUGUGGAAUUGCUGGGGCGGGUCACAUUGCCAAAACCUUGAUUUUUAUUGUUUGUUUGUGUUGUCGAUAGCGCUAGCUAGCAUUUUUCUAAUUGUUGUUGUUUACAGUACUUGUCUGUUUACUUAAAAAAAAAAAAUGUAUAAAUAAAAACAUGUUUCUGUGUUAUGUGCCAAAGAGAACUUUUGAGGCAUAUUGAUCAUUGCAAUUUGAUUUAAAUGUCUCUUGCUGUGUGUAUAAUUUUUUUAUUGUCACAUAAA